GUUUGAAUCGGACCUUUUUGUUGGAUAUGAAAUGACAAUUAAGCAAUUAACAUUAAUUAAUUGUGACUUAUCACGUCGGAAAGUGGUUUGAGACUUUAUUGUUAAAUUGUGGCAAUGGUUUCGAGUGGAUUACAGUUAGUAGGCGCGACGACUGCCCGGGGCCGGUGAGAAGCAUGGCGGGAAGAGGAGUGUGCCUCUUCACAGUACAUUUUCUUUCGUGCAUUAUUGUCUGCCGACAAGAAAGCGGGAGCACCCGAUCGAGGGACCAAAGCACAGUGUCAGAGUCUUCCAGAAGAUUCCGGGCUGAGUUUCUAGAAGAUGUGCCACAGACAGCUGGAUCUCCGUACUUCGAUCCAAGCACGCCGGAGAACGUGACAGGACUGGUCGGCCACCCAGUCACGCUGCUUUGUAAAGUGAAGAAUUUACAGAAUAGAACUGAAUCCCUAUCGUUGAUAACGUUGUUUGGUGAUCCAGUGGUUAAAGGCUUGGAAAAUCUUAAUUCAGAGGUAUUGGGUUAG